AAUCGACUGGAAAAACAAACAACAAAGAUCUACAACUUGGACGAAGCAAUUUCGUGACGUGUCUAUUUCGAUCGUUUUUUUGUUCCGGAAAUUGUGUCUCGAAUUUUAUAUAGAUCCAUCUAUCUCUCCUGUUCGUUUUUUUUCGAGGAUCCGCGAAGAAGAUUUUACGGAAAGACGCGCGUUUGCGCAGGAGUCGAAGAAUCCUCGCUCUCUGGAUCCUCGAUAUAUCCGAGGUGGUAAGCGAAACUCGGGAUUGUUCGGUCGUGGCUCAUUCAACGUGCACCGGUUGGACUCUUCGAUUUCUUCCAUAGUUGUAGCAACAGGUAGGGCGCGUGGGAUACCACGAAAUUUCGUCAAAGUCAUCUCGUUUUUAUUGUGAGAAAAAGUGAAAUUUAGACGAACUUUUCCUACGAUUAAUUGAGAAAGGUAUCGAGGGAGAUAGAAAGUAGAAGAGACUUGUGAUAAUUGUGAAAAAUAAAUCAUCGCGUUUAAGGUUUUUUCGAGAAUAGAACGGAUCGUCAUGGAUAUUCAAGAGUUUCGUAUACGUGGUAAGGAGAUGGUGGAAUACAUCUGCGAGUUCAUGAGCAAUAUUCACAAUCGGAGAGUAACACCGGACGUUGGUCCCGGAUAUUUGAGACCCCUCCUACCACCGGAAGCACCGCAACAACCUGAGCCUUGGGAGAACAUUAUGAGGGAUGUCGAAUCGAAAAUCAUGCCUGGUAUUACCCAUUGGCAACAUCCAAGAUUUCACGCGUAUUUCCCAGCCGGAAAUUCCUUUCCAUCGAUUCUUGGUGAUAUGUUAUCGGAUGCAAUAGGUUGUAUUGGAUUUUCAUGGGCUGCCAGUCCAGCCUGCACCGAGCUCGAGACGAUAGUCUGCGAUUGGUUCGGGAAAGCUAUUGGUCUACCGACGGAUUUCCUUUAUUUCAGUCCUGGUAGCAAAGGAGGUGGCGUGAUACAAGGAUCAGCCUCAGAGUGUAUUUUAGUAUGUAUGCUAGCAGCGAGGGCGCAAGCAAUUGCAAGGUUGAAAGAAUCAACUGCACAUGCACACUUGGACGAAACUGCCCUUCUUGGAAAAUUGAUGGCUUAUUGCAGUCGUGAAAGUCACAGCUCCGUCGAAAAGGAUGCAAUGAUUUGUUUCGUGAAACUGAGAAUUUUAGAACCUGACGAUAAAAGUGUUUUACGUGGUGAAACUUUGCGUCAGGCAAUCGAAGCUGACACAGCCGAAGGAUAUAUCCCCUUCUUCGUUUCCACCACUUUAGGCACGACUGCUUGUUGCUCCUUUGACAAUCUCAAAGAAAUCGGUCCAGUUUGUAAAAAAUAUCCAGGGGUAUGGUUGCACGUCGAUGCAGCUUACGCGGGCAAUUCUUUCAUCUGUCCGGAAUUGAAGUACCUGAUGGCUGGUAUCGAAUACGCGGAUUCUUUCAACACCAAUACGAAUAAAUUCCUAUUGACGAACUUCGAUUGUUCCUGUCUAUGGGUCCGGGAUAGAUUCAAAUUGACCAGCGCGCUGGUCGUCGAUCCUCUUUAUCUUCAACACACUCACGCGGAUACAGCUAUCGAUUACAGACAUUGGAGCAUACCCCUUAGCCGACGAUUUCGAUCCUUGAAACUGUGGUUCGUGAUGAGAAGUUACGGGAUAUCCGGUUUACAGGCCUACAUUCGAAAUCACGUGCAACUAGCUAAAAGAUUCGAGGCUUUGGUUAGGAAGGAUACGAGAUUCGAACUUUGUAACGAAGUUGUGCUAGGAUUGGUCUGUUUCCGUGCAAAAGGUUCCGACAAACUGAAUCAGAAACUGCUGAGCACCAUCAAUGAUUCUGGAAAGUUGCACAUGGUUCCAGCAAGAGUGAAUCAACGGUUCACGAUUCGUUUCGCGCUUGCCGCGCCGAAUGCCACUGCUUCUGACGUUGACAUGGCGUGGAGCAUUAUAACGGAUUAUCUGGCCGAAUUAUUAGAAUCCAAGGAUGUUAUGGACGAAUUGGCAGAUAUUCGCGAGAAGAAAAGGAAAGCCACUUUGGAGCAAAGAAGAUCGUUCUUCGUUCGAAUGGUGUCUGAUCCUGCCAUUCAACCGGGAUUCACGAAGACACCGAACAGGACAGGGGCCAAAUUGGAUACCCAAGCGACGAUCGGUGGUAUUGGCUCGAAUCCUCAUUCCACGACCAUGUUUGAUGCCAGACGUUCGUGGAUAUCCUGGCCGCUCGCGUAUUUGAUGCAGGCGAAAGAUGCUGCUGACACCAGUGAAUUAUCACUUAGAUUUCGUCAUCUGGACACUAUGGUUCGCUUGAAAGCAAGCGGUACCGGAAGUCGUCGCGGUAGCAGCAACGGAUGCAGCCCGGAUCCAUCGCCAUCCGCCUCGCCGUCCCGCGGAAGAUCACCAAACGGAAGGGCGUAAAAUAUCUCGCGUUUGUCCCAAUUGUCUUUUUCUAAACUUUCCCCCAAAAGGUGUAUCGAUAGAAACGAGAAUUAAAACGAUGAACGGAUACCGCCAACAAAAUCGACACAAAAGGAAUUUAAAAA